AUGUUAACCCUUAUAUUUACGUUGUGGGUACUUCUGCUUAAAUCCACAGGGGCUGUAUUUAAUGAUGAAGCGUUUCACGUGGAUUGGCAAAUCGAAAACCUAGGUGAUAUCAAAUGUAUUGACAAAUCAGACUCGUCAUUCGUGGUCUUAGGGGAGACUCCCACUGGCAUCCCUGUAAUUUCACUUUUGGAUGCGGCUUCAGGAAAUAUAGUUGAAAGGUUCGUUCAGGAUGCCUCUGUUGCUGCCAUGAAAGUUGUGGAUGGAAAUAUACACUUGAAUACUGGUCAAGUUUUGGAUAGUUUGACAGGUUUCCCUAAGUCAACUCAUUCAGGCCAAGUUGAAUGUCGGAAACUAGACAUUCAAUCUGUUACCUUGAAUAACAAUACACUGCGUUUUAAUAUUUCCUCUUCAGAGGGGGAUGUGGUAGUCAAAAUUCCAGAGACCUUCAGAAAGAUAGAAUACUUUGGCCUGAGCAGUGAUAGCACAGUAGCGGAAGUAUUGAUAUCUACAACUAAUAAAGAAUAUUAUUACACUAGAUACGAAAAUCAUUCCCUGACUGCCCACUGGGAAAGAAAUGAGGGCUACUCUGAUAUUAUCGCAUAUACUGUCCUUGAUGAAACAAAUCAUAAUUUAGACUUUGUUAGGGAUGAACUGCUCCACGAACAGCAAUUGAGCCUAAUUGACGCAUAUAAGUUCCGUGUUCAAAGUAAUUGGGAAAGACUAAAGUCGUAUCUUAUCCGUAAAAGAUUUAAUCUGGGCAGAAUGUUUGCCGAUUUGAUAACUGAAGAUGAUUCUUCAGCACUGCGAGAUCUAAACGUACGAUUUGGUUUUGCAAAGCAGCUUGUCGUCGCUUCUAAGUCAGGAAUUAUAACAUCUCUGGACAUCAUCUCUGGAAAGAAAUUGUGGAGUCUGCAGUCAAAUUUGAAGGACAUUUUGAAAUUGCGCCUGAGGAGUGAAAACGAGCUUUCGAUUGUUACGCGUUCUAGUAUUUAUUCUGUUAAUCUCUUAGAGCAACCGCUCGGAUUGACACCCGAAAAUAAGGCUCCCGACGGUUUUCAAUUUGAUGCGAACAGUGAAUCACCUAUUAUCAAACUAGUUAAUGUCAAAAACAGUUCUUUCAAGAUAUUCAACGCUUCCCACAUUGGAAAUACUAAUAUUAGUUUCGUCCAUUUUGAAGAGCAGAAAGUAACAGGGUAUGCCCUUCAGGGGGAUGCCCUCUUACCGACCUAUCAGAGAAACGUAGGGGGGAAUGAACGUAUUGUUGGUCAUGCUGUCAGAGAUAAAGGCCACGUUCCAGGUUUAGGUGCAAUCCUAGGAAACAGAACUGUAUUAUACAAGUACCUCAAUCCUAAUAUUGGAGGCUAUUUGAUGGGCAAUUCUGUAGAGAAUUCCUUGUUACUAGAAAUAUUUGACACGGUUACUGGCCAGACUCUUUACACUGUUAAGCAUGAGGAGUUUGUGGACUUAACCUUGCCAGUAAACCUUGUGAUAGGAGAACACUGGUGCAUAUACAGUUAUUUCAGUUCAGCUCCAAUACCGGAACAAAAGCUUGUAGUCGUUGAGUUUUACGAAUCGCUGGUUCCUGAUGAAAGGAGAUCCCUUCCAGGGAGCUUAGUGAACCCGCUAGACGAUAUUGUGAAACCGGCAACGAUUAGCAACGCAUAUUACUUCCCUCAGAUCAUACAUUCACUUGCAUUAUCCAAAACUAAAUUUGGAAUUACUACGAAAGCUAUACUUUUACAAUUAGAUGAUGGGUCCAUUACAUAUCUCCCCAAAUAUGUUGUCAACGCAAGAAGAAAACCAGAGUCUGAUAUGACAAAGAAAGACAAAGAGGAAUUCAUGGCUUCUGUUUAUGAACCCACCAUACCAAUUAAUGAUUUUUCAGUGGUUAGUCAUCUUAGACAGAUUCUUCCUUCAGAUAAAUCGAAAUUAAUAUCAGUUCCGACGAACUUGGAAUCCACUAGUAUAAUAUGCUCCAUCGGUAAUGACAUCUUCUGCACAAGGGUUUCACCAUCUUCUCAGUUUGACAAACUUGGAGCAAGCUUUGAAAAGAGUAAGGUUCUUUUCACCAUUAUGGGCUUAUUCAUCUUAUGCUACAUCCUCAGACCCAUGGUGGACCAGCGCAAGUUGAAAGUGAAAUGGUUGGUCAAAGACCUUGAUAUUACAUCUAUUUGA